GCUCUGAGCUAACUCUUGUGUGCUUACAUACUGAGUUCUGAGUUGAGACAUCUAACAGUUUGUCCACUGUCUGUCCCCAUGGAAGAUGUUCAACAGAAACACAAGGAGACUCUGCGGGCACAAACUGAAACACUGAGAGUGAACACGAUCCUGAUGAGGGAGAAGGUGAAGGUUUUCCAGCUGGUUGAUCGAUACGCUGAGCUCACGGUCAUUUCUACUGUUCGAGAUCGGAGACUGGUGGAACAUGAGCUGCUGGCAAGAGGCAGAGACCACGAGGAGUGGAGACGAAAACAUCUCAGUGGACUCCUGGAAAAACUUCAGAUGGAUCAGCUGUUUCAGAGCAGCUUUUCGCGAAGUAAAUCCAAAUCUGGGAGUUCGGCAGCAGUGGCCGGAGUCCCGGGGAUUGGGAAAACAACAAUGGUACAAAAUAUUGUUUAUGACUGGGCCACAGGGAAAAUAUACCAACAAUUCCAGUUUGUCUUCAGUUUCAAAUUCCGGGAUUUAAACACCAUUAACUGCAGAAUAAAUCUGAAGGAACUGAUACUCGAUCGGUAUCCUUACUUUGGGAAUAUCUUGAGAGAGGUCUGGAAGAAUCCAAAGGGAUUGCUGUUUAUAUUUGAUGGUUUGGAUGAAUUCAAUGACACAAUUGAUUUUGCUGACAGUCCUAGAGAUACAGACCUUCAGUCCACAUGCACAGAUCCUGAAUUCAAGUGCAAGGUGUCUGACAUUGUGUACAGUUUAAUCCAGGGCAAGCUGCUCCCAGGGUGUUCAGUGCUGGUGACCACUCGCCCCACUGCGUUACAUUUAUUGGAAAAGGCGAAUAUCAGUGUCCGGGCUGAAAUCCUGGGAUUUGUUGGUGAGGAACGGAAGGAAUAUUUCAUCAGACAUUUUGAAGAUCAGACGGUGGCGGAAGCUGUUUUCAAUUAUGUGAAGGAGAACGAGAUCCUGUACACCAUGAGCUACAACCCCUCCUACUGCUGGAUCCUCGCUCUGGCACUGGGCCCCUUCUUCACACAAAGAGUCAGGGACCCACAGCGAGUUCCCAAGACCAUCACCCAACUGUACUCCUACUAUAUUUACAACAUCCUGAAAAACCACGGCCGUGAGAUUGAGAACCCCCGUGAUGUGUUACUCAGGGUUGGUCAGAUGGCCUUCAGAGGAGUGUCCGAGAGGAAGAUUGUGUUUACAGAUGGAGAUUUGAUCAAGUACAAUCUGCAGCCUUCCCAAUUCCUGUCUGGAUUCCUGAUGGAGCUUUUGGAGACAGAGGAUUCUGCCCGGAGUGUGGUGUACACAUUCCCACACCUCACCAUUCAAGAGUUUGUAGCUGCAGUCGCACAAUUCCAGAAACCACAUCCCGGGGAUAUCCUUAAAUUCCUCACUGAAGUCCACAGCACGACAGAUGGGCGAUUUGAGGUUUUUCUCCGUUUUGUUGCUGGUCUCUCCUCCCCAAUGACAGCUCGGGGCCUGGAGGAGUUUCUGGGUCCAUUUCCUCAUCAAACGACCUGCCGGGUGAUUGACUGGGUGAACGAGGAGAUUAAACGCCAGAGUGGAAACACAUGGAGUGAAGCUGGUAAAAGGAGCCUCCUGAACACAUUGCACUACCUGUUUGAGUCUCAGAAUCGUGGACUGGCUCAGGCCGCACUGGGAUCUGUGGAAACACUUUCAUUCAGUGAAAUGACACUGACCCCGAUUGACUGCGCGGUCCUGUCUCAUGUCUUCGGACUCUGUGAUACAAUAAAACAGCUCGACCUGGAGAUCUGCCACAUUAAGUAUGAGGGAAUACAGCGGCUGGGACCUGGGUUGCACAAGUGCCAGGAGUUGAGACUAGGUGGUAAUAAACUGGGAGAUUCAGGAGUGAAACUGGUGUCUGCGGCUCUGAGGAACCCGGAGUGUAAAAUACAGAAACUGUGGCUGAGGGAUGUUGGUCUCAUGGACUCUGGUGCCGAGGAUUUCGCCUCCGCUCUCAGUACAAACACAUCACUGACGGAGCUGAACCUGGGUGGUAAUCAACUGGGAGAUUCAGGAGUGAAACUGGUGUCUGUGGCUCUGACGAACCCGGAGUGUAAAAUACAGAAACUGUGGCUGGAGUUUGUCGAUCUCACAGAUUCUGGUGCUGAAGAUCUCGCCUCCGCUCUCAGUACAAACCCAUCACUGAAGGAGCUGGACUUGGGAUUCAACUUGCUGACAGACCGAUCUGUCCCCGCUCUCCGCCGCCUCAUACUGACCCUCCCGAAUCUGGAGCAGAUUGUGCUGUGGUGGAAUCGGUUCAGUGAGACCGGGAGGAAGGAAGCGGGAUCUCUGCGGAGAGUCAGACCCAGACUGAGAGUGUAUCUGUGAACAGCUGGAAGUGUGAACAUCACCACCCGGGGCUUAGGUACACUUUGGCCGAUUCCCUGCCCUCUAACUCCCCCCUCCAAUUUAACACCCGCCCUCCCCUUUAACUCCUGCCAUUACCUAUAAUGACUGCGCGCCGGGGUAAUUCCCAACUGUUUUAACGGAACCAGCUCCAGUCUUGCGCUCGGUUACAUCGGAUGCGGUCCCGCAGUGACGUAUUUCCGCCUGUUGUCCUGCAGCACAGCUUCCGCUGGAUAUGCAGGUUUGUGACUCCCUCUCGUGAGACCCCGGGGAAUUACACAGACAGGAAGGGCCCAGGGGCAGGGGCUCAGUCUGGGACACCAGUGUCCCGGGGUGGGAUUAUCCCAGGAGAGAAACCUUUUGCUCCCUUUGCUGAAGACAGUGCAUUCUGCAGCCUGGCCGAUAUAAUGAUGUUAAAUUGACAAAUCCCUCAGGAGUGACCCUGGAUCUGUAGCGAUCUCGGUCACUGUCCUGAAGUGUGAUUUUAUAAACAUCGGUUCCCCGAUGCAGAGUGACGGUGAGAAAUGGGACUGAUUAUUCAAACUGUCACUUGUUGCCACUGGUCGGUUAAUUGUGUGACUGUGAGUGAGUCAGGAGCAGCUUAUUUAUACCCGCACGUCAGCAGCUCACACAUCGUUUAAUUUACAUUUGUCAUGAUCAAACCAAUAAACCGCUGUAACUUCCUGUCCUGGUGCCGGACUCGAGUUUUAUUUGAGGUUUCUGCUGCCCCCCGCACCCUGUGCACCGCAACAGUGGGUCGGAGCUCAUGCUGACACAGUAGCGUCUCAGCACCAGGCUGAGGGAGGUCAGACUAGCAGAGUCUGGUUGCCCUGGAACUCAUCUCUACCCAGCCUCCUUCCUGGUUAACUGACCCCCGCCUGCCCCCCGCAGACAGAUAAAAUCAACUUGAGUCCACUGAGGUCCUGAGUAUGAGAGGGAUGUGGGAUGGAAUAUUGGCGUCAGACACAGAGGUUUUCUACCUCCUCACCAUCCAAUCACACACUCCUGGGGUCAGGCACAGAGUGUAGUUCCCUCUGCAUCAUCCUAUUACACACUCACGAGGUCAGACACAAAGUGAAGAUCCCUCCGCACUGUCCCAUCACAAACUCCUGGAGUCAGACACGAAAAAAAGUGUGAGAUAUAUCAACUGAGUUCUCGAGUUGAAUCAGAUUACAAAGGAGACUCUCACUGUGUUCACCUUGGAACUGCAGCACAGGGAACCACACACACUCACACACACGAUGAAUAUAUGUAGAAGUGGGCACAGAGACGAGGAGUAAUGCAGUGUUCACAGACUAGGAGAGGGUGGGAGGGUGCACAAACGGGCAGGGGAGUACAAAUGGGAAUCAUAACCAUAGCGGUUAACAAUCACAUUUGACCUCUCGGGUCAUGAAGUCACCCAGGAUGAAAUUGAAGUUGAGGAUAAUUUUGCAAAACGUGACUCCACCCCUUCCCGUCCUCUAACACGGUCCGCACUCCUCACAGGACCCUGUCCCUUCCUGUCCACUCACAUGGACCGCGAUCCCAAUCAAAUGCCAAUCUUUCCCAUUCACUCCACCCAUCCGCAUUCCUAACGGGACGUACCCCUACCCAGUCGCUUGCAUCGUCCAAACGCCCAACGGAUCCCACCCCUUUCCCUCCCAGUGGGCUCCGCCCUUUCCCAUUAACUCCCACCGUUUGCCUGCCAACCGGAUGACACCUUCUCAUUUACCCCCACCGUCUGCACUGUUUCCCAUUCACUCCUACCGUCUGAAGGUUCCAACUGGAUGCCACCCCUUCCCGUUCACUCCAAAUGGGACCCAGCUCUUCCCUUUCACUCCCACCUUCCAGUUCAUUUCCAACGGGUCUGUGAACCUGGUAAUUGGCCGCGACGCCCAAAUUCCAUGUUUGACAGAACUCAGGGCUGUGUUUAGGGAAUUUCACGAAAACGCCGAUGGUUCAUUAGUUACAAGGAAAGUCGAGGGUCAUGAGGAUAUUGACGACUUUGUACAAAUGACGAUGUUCUAAAUUCUGGCAGAGACGGUGGAUAUGAUCAGACUGAAGGAACUUCGGCAUGCCUUCCUGAAAAUGGCGGGGGUGGGGGUGGGGUGCGUGUGAGAGAGUUUUAUGGUUUCCGUUUCCCCACACCGGGAGAUUCAUUGCGCCCGGUUCCCCGUGUUCACAGAGCACACAGGAAAUUACACAGGGUACGGUUCCCGGUCUCCAAAACCCAAACUGGGAAUUUUGCCAGAGACGGUUCCCGAUCUCAGUCUCUACACCAAGAGUAUUACCGCGCACGGUGUUGGGUCUCUGUAUCGUCACCGGGAAUAUUACCACACGUUUCCUGGUGUCUGUAUCCUCCUCUCUCCACGACACUCGGAGUGAUGUCGCACAGGAUCCGAGAUAAGGAUGUCGGAUCGGUCUCUGUUGUUGGUGAUAUAUUUAUUAUUUGUGAUACACAGUCCGCGCAAUCGAGUGGAGGGUGGUCGAGAGUGUCUGUCCUGCGAGGGUUUCCUGAUUGAAAAUGGUGAAUAGGGAGGGAACGACAGAAGGAUUUAGAAUGGUCACUGGGGAGGGAGUGAAAGGUUGACUGAAAGUGGUCUGGGGGGGGAAGUGAUGGGCUGAGUGACAAUGGGCCCAUGGAGCGAUGGGCGGAAUUAAGAUGGCCAUGGUCACCUUGUUUCUCAGGGCCGGCAGAGAAGGAGUGACACACUGACAAGACGGUGGGAGUGCCAGGCAGAUGUAAAAUGACCGACAGGGUGGGGAUGACACGCUGAGUGAAAAUUAUCAACAGGGAGGGAGUUACUUUUGAUAAUUAAAAAUAGGAUUCUGGAUUAAAGCCAGACUAUAAAUCAUAACUAGGGAGAGAGUGACGCGCGGACAUAACGCUGUCACCAGGGAGGGGGUGACUCGCACAUUGAAAAUAAUCAGCAGGGAGGGAGGGAUACUCUGAGAGAAAAUGGACACCAGGAGUUGACAAAUUAGAGGGAGUGGCGGCCCGACCUGAAGUAGUCCCUGAGUCCUUGGUUACAAUGGCCGACGGGGAGAGAGUGAUGGACAGACUUCAAAUGACCAACAGGAGGGAGAGACGCACCGGGUAAAAUGGCCGAAAUGGAGAGAGUGGCGCAUUGGGAAGAGAGAAGGGAUAAUGGGUCGAUGUAAAAUGAUCUAAUGGGACAGAAUGACGAACUGACAUAAAAUAGCCGCCGCUUCGCUUAAACUGUCUGACGGGGCAGUUUAGGGUUUGUGAUACCUUGUUUAACAUGAGCGCCAGGAAGGCAGGGGCUGACACUCUGAUUGAAAACGGCUGUCACCAUCGUUUAUUCUGUUGAGACAAAGGCAGAGACCCCGUUCCGGAAGGUUGAAACGGAACCAAGGAGGAAGCGACGCCUUGGUUAAAGUGAGCGGCAGAGAAGGAGUGAAGGACACGUUGACCUCAAAUGGCCGACGCUUCACUUGAAAUGGCCGCUGGGGAGGGAGUGGCGGCUUUGGUAGAAGUGAGCACGAGGGUCGCGCUGAUUUAAAAUGGGCGAAUGCUUGGUUGAUGUGGCCGCCAGGGAUGGAGUGAGACACUGACUUACAAUGGCCACUGUCACACUCAGAAUCUAUGGCGAAGGAACAUGGAUGCAAUCCCGGGAUCGCGUGUAUUAUUGAUUGUAAUAACAGUAUUUUAAUUUGUGUUUUCUAUCGUCUUGGGUAUUGUAUAUAUGUUUUAAUUCUAAUGAUUUUGUCAUUGAAUAAACAUGUAUAUAUCUCA